GUAGCCCAGCUGGAAAAUGUGGUGGUGAUGCUCAAGCAAUUUUCCUCUUGCUUCUCCUGAAGAAGUGUGUCCUGAGCAGGAUGCAGCAGCCAGCGGAUGGUGACAGGAGCACAGCCAUUCCCUUGCUGUAUCCAUCCCAGGCCAGCUGCACUGCUGACCGCAUCAUUAGCGAUCCCGAGUGGUCCCUCGCCACUGUCCCCAGCCUCACUGAGCUCUGCCUCCAGCACAUUGUUCACAAUUUUGAAAAGAACCCUAUUUUGGACCGUCUUCUGCCUGAGCACCAAAGGAAGGUGCUGGACAGGCUCUCCACUGGCCUUCCGCUUGCUGUGACUGCCAACCUAAUAAGCGAUGAGGACUACUGGAAGAGGUGCUGCACUGAUCGCUGGCAAGUGUGUGACAUCUCCAACUAUGGAGGCAGCUGGAAACGGAUGUUCUUUGAACGUCACCUGGAGAACAUCCUGAAAUGUUUCAUCCCUAACACCACAGACCCCAACCAGAUCCUAGACCUGAUCCCGCUCUGCAAAGACUAUGUGCGGAAACUGGAGGUUGAUCAGUUCCUGCCACCAGUGCAGGUGGAUCAAAAGGAGGAGAGGGAUGACCUCUCUGAUACAGGGAGUGAUUUUGGAUUUGGCAAGGUCUCCAUGCAUCACUAUGACCUGGGAGUCCUCACUACUGCUCUCCCUCACCUUGAAGAGCUUCAUCUCACUUAUGGCGUGAAGGAUUGCGGCAUGAACUUCGAGUGGAAUCUCUUUAACUUCACCCACCAGGACUGCUGCAACCUGGCUGUCGCCCUGAAGAUGUGCCACAACUUGAAA